UAGAAAGAAAAGUUAUCUUUAAAUUCCUUUUAGCUUUCUCAAAAAUCAUUUAAAUACAAAUAUGCAUAGUGAAUGAAUAAUUUUGGAAAACUAAAAUGUAACUUCUGCGCGCUUCUAAAAGAAGGAGCAGACAAUAAACAUAGUCAGUAUAAAGCCACGCAAUAUGUUUCUUUGUUUUAACGGUCUGAGAAAAAUUUACAUUCUAUGUGGAAAGAAUCUUUGACGUUCGACAAGAAAAGAACUAUUCAUUCUUCAUGUACAAGUGGACGAAUGAGGAAAAACACUUUCAAGCUGUAGACAUUUUAAAGAAAAGUAGAAAAGUCGUUCAUUAGUGAUGAUACGAAACUGAUACGAAAAAAAUUGGAUAUCAUAUUUGAAUUCAAACAUUCUUUUCACAAAGAAUAUAAGUUAUUUUUCUCAGACCGUUAAGAACGAAGAAAAAUAUCGAAUGGGUUUACUCCCUGUCUGUUCGGCGGGAUUGUCUCAUAUAUAUAUAUAGAUGCAUAUCUUGAGAAGAGCACACGUAUCCAGUAAAUAUGAAUUAUCAUACUGCAAUAUUUCUUAUCCACGUAUUCCUGGCCAUUUUGCUACACAAUGUGGAGUGUACUGGCACCGUAGAUAGAACAAAAGGUAUGGGAAAAAAAUGUCUUAGGCGCAUAGUUAACUUCGAUUUACUUACAUAGGUGUGGGUGUCGCGAAAGCUGAAGGCGUGGAUUUGAGCAGCAAAAAACGUCUCACUGGCUCGAAAGGUCUUGGCGGACUCGAUAUUAGUUUUCUUCGAAAACAAAAAUACAAGAAGAUCAAAGCGAGCACACUGGAUUCGUGUAAAUUGACGCCGGCACCUUGUUCCGCUAGUGAAAUGAGUGCGUAUACUAUCCACUUCGACGAUGGGCACCAUUUCGAUGCUUGUACGUGUGGUCACUCUCCACACAUGACUAUUGAUAACAUGGUAUCAAGAUUUGGUCAGGUACCAAAUGCCAUACGAAAGAGAGUCAAAUCGAUCAUGGCAGGGGACAGUCAAGGACCAGGUGGAGGAGCCGAGACCGCUGGCGAUCGUUCAACAUACUUUGGAGAUUUCGGCGUUUCUGUUUUUAUCCAUGAAUCUGCGCAUGUUCUCGAUGGAACAGCUGCUGGUGACGGUCAUGGUUUUAGUGGUAAUGGAAAUAUAUGGACUGAUGCGAUCAAUGCUGAUUCGUGCAUUCCCGACGAUUACGCUGCCGCUUCGAUUGUCGAAGAUUUUGCACAAGUGGUCGUUCUUUACACAUAUUUACAGCACAACAAACACAACUGGAACUCGCCUUUUCGCGGUGGGCCGAAAAAUGAGCGAAGUAAAGACAGUGUUCAAGGUUGCAUAGACCAUCAAUUGGUUCUUGUUGCGAAACUGUUGAAAAAUAGUAUGCCUGCUCCCGAUGGCUUCACAAAUAAUUUGGAUGUUAAUGACGCGCGUUUACCAGCUACUGUCAAUCCUGUUUAA